AAUUCAAUUCAAAGCAAAUUAUUCUUAUAAUUAGAGGGAUUACAGAUACCUUUUGUGCACUUGUAGUUCCUUGAUUUGAAUUUCAUCAUUAUUAUUAUUUGAUUCACAAAAAUGGAGGCACGCUUGCAGAAAUUCUUGCAUCAGUUCCAACAUCUUAAAAUCCAACUGGAAGAGAUAACAUCAGCCACUGACAACUUCAACGAUGAGAAGAACUGUAUUGGUGUUGGUGGUUUCGGGAAAGUUUAUAAAGGAGAAGUGUCUCACUCUAAGGGACGAAACAUGGCUGCUAUCAAGCGUCUAAACCAGAAGCUUGGACAAGGACUACCUGAGUUCUUGAAAGAGAUCACGAUGUUAUCCCGUUACAGGCAUGAAAAUCUUGUCUCUCUUCUUGGGUUUUGUCACGAAGCAGAUGAGAUGAUCCUUGUGUACGAGUAUGCAUCUCGUGGAAGCCUAGACCGUCAUUUAAAUUCCCGUCAUCUCAUGUGGACACAACGCCUCAAGAUAUGCCUUGAUGCCGCGAAGGGACUAAGCUACCUUCACGAUCCAAGGGAGACACACCAAAGACUUAUUCAUUGUGAUAUAAAAAGCGCCAACAUCCUUCUCGAUGACCAAUGGAAUGCUAAGGUUUCUGACUUCGGGCUAUCGGUAAUGGGCCCAGCUAAUGAGCAGCAAUCUGUUAUCAUCACCUGUGCAUCAGGUACCCUUGGGUAUUGUGACCUGGAGUAUGCAUGGACGCACACCCUGACAAAAGAAUCAGAUGUGUACUCUUUUGGUGUGGUCUUAUUCGAAGUAUUAUGUGGGACACUAUGCUAUACAUAUGAAAAUGGUCUUGUUCCACAUAUUUUAGUGCCCGCGUGGAUUGAAAACUAUGAACAGAAUACGUUAAAUGAUAUCAUCUUUAAAAAUUCGACCAUUCCACCAUUUGAUCAGAGUGCUUUAAAAACAUUUUCAGGAAUUGCGUAUCGAUGUUUGAUGGAAUCUCGUGAAGAUCGGCCAAAGAUGGCUGAGAUUGUGACAGAACUUGAGACUGCUCUCAGAAGUCAAGAGUUAAGUGAAUGGAAAAUGUUUUUCGACUACGAAGAGAUGACUAAGACUGCAGAACCUCCUCUCAAAUACAGCUCCAAAGAUGAAUUGAAGAAACUUCUGUCCAAAGGGGUCCUCCUAAAUGGAGGCAAAACGUGGUUUUCAUUAAAUGAAAAGGGAGAGCAUUGUGAAAUGAUAUCUUUUGCAAAAUGUUUGGGUUCAGAAUUUGAGAUUAAUCCAUGGUGGUCUAAGUAUAACUCAAGAUUAAUCAAAACACGCGUAGAAACUCAAUUCCUUUCACCUGGAAUCACAUACACGGUGAACCUUGUGUUCAAGUUUAUAUUCCCAGUCGACGAGGCGAUAAAUUGUCUUCUUAUGCCCCUCAAAUAUAAAUUACAAGGGGAGACAAAAACUUCGGUCUCACCCCUUGCGUAUAAAACAGAAGAUGGAUGGUGGAGAUCUGAAUUGUAUCAAUUUACUAGUGACGACAGAGUUGUUGAUCUUGAAAUUCUGCUUGACGGCUUUCGUGGUUCUUACACAAUGAUACAAGCACAAGGCAUAGAGUUUCGACCGUUGGAGAAAGAGGAACAAAAAGUGUUAGAAGAAGAGAUGUUUGAUGUGCAACCCAUAUCAGAUGUAAACUGGAACGAAAAAUUGCCAACUGAUUAUGAAGACAUAAUGAAGUUGUCAAAACAUAGCGGGCAAUGGUUAACACAGAAGGAAGCGUACUUAAUUAUUUGCAAAGGGUUCUUAAUCAAUGAUGGUCAAAAGUGGUUUUCUCUUGACAAAAAUGGGAGAAAAUGUCAUAUGCUAUCAGCAAGAGCGGCUGGCAUAUGGGUCCAACAUGAGGAUAGACUCUCUUUACCCGAAUCAAGAUUUGGAGAAGCUAUGGUGUUGAGGUUUUGGACAUUUAGUAUAGUCUGCGAAAUCCAACCCCAACUCGUAUCAUCCCAAACAACAUAUGCAAGUUACCUUGUCUACAAAUUACCAGAAGGCCAAUCCGGAUUCGAGGCUCCUAUGGUAGUGAAGGAUGGAGAAUAUAUGGAUGAUUAUUAUCGGUAUAUCUAUUUAGUAAGACCUCAAACCCCCGUUAUUAGACCAAAGGCUAAUGAAAACACCCACAACCCACUCAGUAGGUCGAAAAUAAAAGGACUUCCACGAGAGAGAAAUGAUGGUUGGAUGGAAGUACAAAUUUGGGAAUUCAGAACUACUACUACCACCGAAAAGAUUCCUAUGUGUCUUAUAUUGAGUGAUCAAGGUGAUAAGAAGUUUAGCGGGCUUAUUAUUGAGGGCAUUGAGUUUAGACCCAUAUAGAUUCCUUUUUUUAGAGUUAAUAGCCAAAAUGGUCCCUGAGGUUUGCUCACUUUUGCCACUUUAGUCCAAAAUCCAAAAUUUUUAAAUCUGGGUCCCUGAGGUUUGCAUUUUGUUGCCAUUUUAGUCCAAAUUUCAAAAACCCCCUUUUUUGACUGUUGCAACCAGCCUAUUUUGUCCUUUUACGCAAGGGUAUUCUGGGUUCUUGAUCUGAUCUGUUAUAAUAACUCAUAAA